CGGAGGCGAGGGAGGAGAGGCAGUCCGGUUGCAGAAGGCUCUUUUUUUUUUUUUUUCUCUCCCCCUUUUGGGCUCGGCGUCCCGUUUAUUCGUCCGGAAAUGUAUAGCUGGGGAAGCCGUUCUCCUCUGACCGGAAUCCCGGCUGCCUUUUUUUCUUCCUUGGGAUCUUUUCUCCCCCGCCACCUCCUUCCCUUCCACUUGCUUCGGGUGUUCUUUUGGUAAAAAAAAAAAAAAGAAAAAAAAGCCGCCUCUGCGUGGACCCAAGUGUGUGUGUGUGUGAGUGUGUGUCUUUUACACGCGGCCACGCACAGGUGCGCCGACCUGCCCUGCUCCCUCGCAAAGCCACUUUUAAUUUUUCUUCCUGCCCGACUUGGAAACCCCUGGAUUCGUUCGGCUUGCCAAGUUUUUUUUUUUUUGCAGCGAGACGCGCCUUCUGCAAUUUUCUAUCUCCCGCUCCUUUUUUAAAAUUUAUUAUUAUUAUUGUUAUUAUUUUUUAAAGGGUGUGCAUGUGUGUGCAUGGCGGGGUGGGUGGAAGAGGUGUGCUGUAUUGAUCCCCGCAGCCGUUUUUGUAGGCAGAGACACAGAUUUCGAUUUUCCUUCUCCUCCUCUCCCCCCCGCUCUCAAAUUCCCUCUCCCUCCUUCCCUUUCAAGACACUAGAAAUCCUGCAGGGACCUACUGGAUUCUAAGGGAUCAACCUUCCGCGGUCUUCUGGCGAAUCGCUUUUCUAACAAGGGGUGCUGAAGAUACAUACGGGUUUGCUUUAAAAGAAAAAAGAAAAGAAGCAAACACCUCCCCCAAAUAGUUGAAAGAUCUCCGGCUUCCUUCGUUUCCAAAUAUUACAGAUCAGAUUCUAAGGAAGAGUAAUUGGUCAAGCGAGCACUAUGCAUCCAGGAGAGAGAGAGCGAAGGAGAAAGAGAGAGCGAGAUUAAACUACCCACACACAGAGAGAAAAUUCUUCUGACGCGGCGUGUGGUGCGAAAAUCACCCCACUGGACCUCAAGCGAAGGAAGGGACUUCCAUUUAGAGGGCAAUUUCAGAUUCGAGGCAACAAAAAAAAAUCUAUUGGAUUUAGUCGGAUUAUCUGGGUGGCAUCCGAAAAGAAGUCGCGUUUGAUCCUUUUUUUUCCCUCUAGGGUCCUCCUUGCCUGAUGGUGGAUUUAAAUGGAGGUGGCGACGGCGGCGGCGGCGGCUUGGUUCAAGAAGCUCGAUGCCGAUGAAUUCCGGAUGGGAUAGUGGGGUUUUCGCCCCCUUUUUUUAAAAAAAAAAAAAUUCGCAGUCUUGGGAAGAGGACAAGAAGGGGGGCAGGAAUGAGAUGAAUCGCAACGAUUUGGAAGCGUCCAGGGGGAUAAAUUUUUAAGAACCCGCCUCGCGGCUGCAUCUUUCCUUUUUAAAAGGUGGAUAAAUAACGCUUUGGGAUCCGAUGAAUUCACGCUUUUGAGCGAUGGACUUUGCGUUAAAAAAGAAAAAAGGGGGAAAAAAAGGCAGCCUUUGUGAAUUGGCUAUAGACCUGAAGUUAACUGGAAUUGAUUUAUAAGUGAGGAAUCUGUAUUAAAUGGAUGCUCUCUUCAUCUUGCUACAGUGGAAAACUGAAUUGUCAAUUGAAUGUAGCCUGAUAAAUAGGACUCUGAAGAUGCUGUAUCAGCAAGAAUGAAAUCACUGGAAGAUACCAUACAAGGAAGCUUUUGGGUAUUCUCAGACUUAUUUGAUUUUUGAUUUUUCCUGUUUCUGUGGGAAGGGGAAGCCCUCCUUUCUGCCUUGCUGGAUACAAAUCACCUUGUUUUAACCAUAGAUGUACAACUCAUGUGGGACCAUGGCUUUUCCAAUAUCUGUAUGGCUGAACUGUGUGUGGAGGGCAACACAAGCUCGCUUGUUGCACAUGGGAUUGGAUGUCACGUUUACUUUUUGCGUACUUGGGUUCUUGAUUCACACAGCCGCCGUGUCAUCCCAAAAGUUGGAUGAUAUCGACCCCGUGGUGACCACCAAUUUUGGGAAGCUGAGGGGGAUGAAGAAGGAAUUGAACAAUGAAAUUUUGGGGCCAGUGAUCGAGUUUCUUGGAGUUCCUUACGCUGCCCCGCCUAUUGGAGAACACCGAUUUCAGCCGCCUGAACCACCUUCUCCUUGGCCAGACAUCAAAAAUGCAACGCAAUUUGCACCAGUAUGUCCUCAAAACAUCAUUGAGGGCAGAUUACCGGAAGUCAUGCUUCCUGUUUGGUUUACGAAUAACUUGGAUAUAGUUUCUACUUUCGUACAAGAUCAGAAUGAAGACUGCCUCUAUUUGAAUAUAUAUGUCCCAACUGAAGAUGUCAAAAGAAUAUCCAAGGAAUGUGCCAGAAAACCCGGCAAGAAAAUUUGUAGAAAAGGAGGUCCCCUAACAAAGAAACAGACAGAUGAUUUAGGUGCUAAUGAAGGUGCAGAAGACGAAGACAUUCGAGAUAGUGGGGGACCUAAACCAGUCAUGGUGUAUAUUCACGGAGGGUCUUACAUGGAAGGCACUGGAAAUUUAUAUGAUGGCAGUGUGCUCGCAAGUUAUGGCAACGUGAUCGUCAUCACUGUCAACUACCGACUUGGGGUACUUGGUUUCUUGAGCACUGGGGAUCAAGCAGCUAAAGGGAAUUAUGGCCUUCUUGAUCUCAUUCAGGCCUUGAGAUGGACUAGUGAAAAUAUUGGGUUCUUUGGGGGCGACCCGCUGAGAAUAACUGUUUUUGGAUCUGGCGCCGGUGGUUCAUGUGUCAAUCUCUUGACUUUAUCCCAUUAUUCUGAAGGUAACCGUUGGAGCAAUUCAACCAAAGGACUUUUCCAAAGAGCAAUAGCUCAAAGUGGAACAGCUCUUUCCAGCUGGGCAGUCAGUUUUCAGCCUGCCAAAUAUGCCAGGAUGUUGGCAACAAAAGUUGGUUGCAAUGUAUCGGACACCGUAGAAUUAGUAGAAUGUCUACAGAAGAAGCCGUAUAGAGAACUUGUCGAUCAGGAUAUUCAGCCGGCCCGAUACCACAUAGCCUUUGGUCCAGUUAUUGAUGGGGAUGUGAUACCAGAUGACCCUCAGAUACUGAUGGAACAAGGAGAAUUCCUCAAUUAUGACAUUAUGUUGGGUGUUAACCAAGGAGAAGGGCUCAAAUUUGUGGAAAACAUUGUUGACAGUGAAGACGGCAUAUCUGCUAGUGAUUUUGACUUUGCUGUCUCAAACUUUGUCGAUAACUUAUAUGGGUACCCGGAAGGCAAAGACAUCUUGAGAGAAACUAUUAAAUUUAUGUAUACGGAUUGGGCGGACAGACACAAUCCUGAAACAAGAAGAAAAACACUCUUGGCUUUAUUUACUGAUCACCAAUGGGUUGCACCAGCCGUGGCUACCGCUGAUCUUCAUUCAAACUUCGGCUCGCCUACAUAUUUUUAUGCCUUCUAUCACCAUUGCCAAACAGAUCAGGUUCCUGCAUGGGCAGAUGCUGCUCAUGGAGAUGAAGUUCCGUAUGUAUUAGGAAUUCCCAUGAUUGGUCCCACUGAAUUGUUUCCUUGUAAUUUUUCAAAAAAUGACAUCAUGCUAAGUGCGGUGGUGAUGACAUAUUGGACAAACUUUGCAAAGACUGGGGAUCCCAACCAACCAGUUCCACAAGAUACUAAGUUCAUUCACACAAAACCUAAUCGUUUUGAGGAGGUAGCAUGGACCAGAUACUCUCAAAAAGAUCAACUUUAUCUUCAUAUUGGAUUAAAACCACGCGUGAAGGAACAUUACAGAGCGAACAAGGUGAACCUGUGGUUGGAACUAGUACCUCACCUGCACAAUCUUAAUGACAUUUCACAGUAUACCUCUACAACAACUAAAGUGCCAUCAACUGAUAUUACUUUCAGGCCAACCCGGAAAAAUUUGGUACCUGUAACAUCAGCUUUUCCUACAGCCAAGCAAGAUGAUCCCAAACAACCACCGAGUCUAAUUUCAGGAGAUCAAAGAGACUAUUCCACGGAGUUGAGCGUCACCAUUGCUGUGGGGGCAUCCUUGCUGUUCUUGAACAUUUUAGCCUUUGCAGCAUUAUACUACAAAAAGGACAAGCGGAGACAUGAUGUCCAUCGGAGAUGUAGUCCUCAGCGUACAACUGCCAAUGAUCUCACCCACGCACAAGAAGAGGAAAUAAUGUCCCUCCAAAUGAAGCACAGUGACUUGGGUCAUGAAUGUGAAUCCAUUCAUCCACACGAGGUGGUUCUUCGGACCGCCUGCCCCCCAGACUACACACUAGCUAUGAGAAGGUCACCUGAUGAUAUUCCUUUAAUGACCCCCAACACGAUUACAAUGAUUCCAAACACUAUACCUGGGAUUCAACCCUUACACACAUUUAAUACAUUUACCGGUGGACAGAACAGCACUCUGCCACAUCCACAUCCUCAUUCACAUUCAACAACUAGGGUAUAGCCAAACUAGAGGAUAUGAACUUUUAUUUUUGGGGUGGAUUCCAGUGGGUUAUAAUUGCUGAAGACUUAACUUGGCUUUCAACCCUACAAGACUCUUAUUAUUUAAAUUUGGAGGAAUAUUAUGUGAAUAUACAUAUCGAGAACUCGAGGGAGUUGGGGAAAAAAUGAAUUGUACAUAUAUACAAAUGAACUUUAAAAAAAAAAAGAGAAAGCAUAACUUUAACAAUUGCUUGAAGCAAUUGUCUUGAAUGGUACUUUUUACAUUCACACUCUUAUUAAUUUUUUUGAGGGUUUAAGUUACAUGAUGGAAUUAGGCACGUGCAACACAGGAAUGGGAGAGAAACGACAACUGCAAUUUUUUUUAAAAAGUUCUAUAAAUAUGCACAAGGGACACAUUGAUGGAAUGUCAGAUCAUUUGCACCGGUUUUUAUUUGGAACUGUUUUCUUGUGUAGAUCAUAUUUAUACCUUUGAAUCAGUAUCCAAAGCAUCAGAGCUGUUCAAGGCCUUAGACACAGGCUCAUGUGCUGAGAUCUGCCAGUUUUUUGUUUUUGUUUUUUUAAAAAAGUAACCAUGUUCUGGAAAUCUGGCAGCUUCAACAUUAUCACACAAGUGCUGUCGGUAUAAACAUUGUGGGAAUAAAAGAACUGAAUAUUUUUUUUCGCACAACGUGCAUGAUAAUUUAUUAUGCUUGGUGGGUGUGCUGCUGAUUAAGCUGUCAUUAAAAUCUUCUCUCAUGUCAUUGGAGUGUCCAACAGAAACUUAUUUCCUUGAUUGGCUUAAUGGAAGGAAGGUUUGUUUUCUAGGGAAAAAAAAAGAAAAGAAAUUGUACGUAAACCCCUGCCUUCCAUUAAUGAAGGUCUCUGCAGUAGCUUCUAGAGAGACUUGAUGGUACAAGUCAGUUUUUCCCAACUUAAUGUCCUCCAGAUGUGUUGGGCUUAUUUUUGGUGGAAAAUUGACAGUGAAGUCCAAGCUAUCUGAUGGGCAACAUGUUGAGAAAAUCUCCUCUAAGGGUUCAGCAGUGAACUAAACAAUGUGAAACAUUAAUGCGACGGUAAAUAAGAAUAAUCUCUCCCUACUCCAUCACCACCAUACUAUUAAGUUACUAGGGCAUCUUUUGAUGAAGUAAGCCCCAUUUGGGUCUAGUUUCAUUACAAUCUCUUCCAUGUACAUCAGUAUUAGUUCAAUGAAAAGAACCACAUCAAAAGAACAAGGAAGGUUCCAAGAUUUAUUUGCUAGGAAUAUGUUGCCAGAGGUAAAAGUGACCUUCUCAAAAAUGAUCACAACAAAUACAACUUUUCUUGUAUUCAUAUGGCCAAUUAUAUUGCAUGAGGACAAAUUCACUUAACACGAUUUCCAAGUUACUCCCUUUUUUUGCUUUGUGUAUCGUCACUGAAUCACAGAGUAUACAAGGAAGAAGGUUCCUGUCCUUUAUUAGAUACUGCAAUUGGAAUAAUCAUGUGGAAUAAUCUGGAAAUGUUUAAUUCUGCAUCUUAUUUAAUAUUGUCUGGAUCUGAAAACAAAAGUAAGCUAAAAUGACAGGAUGAUUUUACCCCUUUGCCCUUACAGUUAUUUUUCAAUUUUUUUAUUUUUUAAAAAACAGUCUGUCGUGGUCAUUUAAAAAAAAAGAAGAAGUUUGUAUGUGUAAUCAUACAUUUAUAUAUUAAAAAAAGAGGAAAAAAUUAAGAUGGACUAAAGAGCACAGCCCUGGUGAUUAAAGUUUCUCUUUUCCUGUAUUAUAUUUCUAUUAGAGUACAGUUAUGUGAUUUUUAUUUUAUUUUGCAUUUUUUCAAAUGACUAGCAAUUUUGAUAGUUUGUAAGAUAACGCGCAGAACUUUCUCUGACAAACUAACUGCAGUAACAGAAAAUGUUUCUUUUCAGUUACUCUUUUUCAAGAUUGAAAGCUUAUUACACAUACAACAAAUUGUAUACAACUUGAUGGGGAAAAUUCUUUGUACUUCUGGGCCACUUACGCUGGCUCUACUGAGUGAAAAAAUAAAAAGCUAAUCUGAAUAAUGAACAUUAUAAUUAUUCCAAUGCUAAGAGAUCUGGUUAUCUGCUCAUUAAAGAGCCGAAGUGUUUAUUGCUGUUUUGUCAUUUUUUAAAAAAUGAAGUAAUGGUAACUGUCUCAGAAUAAAGAGUUAUUUCUUGAGAUCAA